ACUCCAUGCCGGGUCUCUAGUUCCAGCUCGCCUCGGCUCGCUCGCGCGGCGGGAGAGUUGGCGCAAACCUCGCCGCAGCCGCAGCCUCCUCGCGCGCCUCUUCUUCCCCUGCGCCCUCCGCUCCCGCUAUGGGACUAACGUGGGGCUCUUAAGAGUUGCCGGCUCUCAGCUGCGCGCUCUCCAGCUAAAGUCACGGCAGGCGGACUAUGGCUUAGGACGCCCGAGGGGUUAGUCUAGAGGUCGGGAAGAAAAAAAGACAGCUAACUGGGGAAAAAAAGAGAAAACGAAAGGAAGGCCAAACGAUGAGUUUCCACAAGGAGGACGGAGUGAACGGUCUGUGCCAGAAGGCGCUGCACAUCGUCACCGAGCUGUGCUUCGCGGGCCAGGUGGAAUGGGAGAAGUGCUUGGGCAUCUUCCCUCGGGACAGGGGCAGCCAGGGCGGAGGCAGCACAGAUAUUUCGGUCAGCCUGUUAGCAGUCGUUGUCAGCUUCUGUGGACUGGCCUUGUUGGUUGUCUCACUUUUUGUCUUCUGGAAGCUGUGUUGGCCAUGCUGGAAAAGCAAACCUGUGACUUCCAACGUCACUACCCUUCCACAGAGCAUUUCAAGUGCUCCUACUGAAGUUUUUGAGACUGAAGAGAAAAAAGAAAUUAAGGAAAAUGAAAAGCCAGCCGUAAGAGCUAUUGAGCCUGCAAUAAAAAUCAGCCACACUUCCCCUGACAUCCCAGCAGAAGUCCAAACUGCUUUAAAAGAACAUUUAAUUAAACAUGCACGUGUGCAAAGACAAAUUACUGAGCCUACGUCAUCAUCUCGCCACAAUUCCUUCCGAAGACACCUGCCGAGGCAAAUGCAGGUUUCCAGUGUUGAUUUUAGCAUGGGCACGGAACCUGUUUUACAAAGAGGAGAAACAACAACCAGCAUUGGGAGGAUAAAGCCAGAACUCUACAAACAGAGAUCAGUUGACUCUGAGGGCAACCAAAAAGAAGAUGUCAAAACCUGUGGGAAACUUAACUUUACCCUCCAGUAUGAUUAUGAAAAUGAACUUCUAGUUGUUAAAAUUAUCAAAGCCUUAGAUCUCCCUGCUAAAGACUUCACAGGAACUUCUGACCCUUAUGUGAAGAUGUAUCUUCUUCCAGACAGGAAAAAGAAAUUUCAGACCCGCGUGCACAGAAAGACUUUAAAUCCUCUAUUUGAUGAAACUUUUCAAUUUCCUGUAGCAUACGAUCAGCUAAGCAACCGAAAACUACAUUUCAGUGUAUAUGAUUUUGACAGAUUUUCUAGACAUGACAUGAUUGGGGAAGUGAUUCUUGAUAAUUUGUUUGAAGUCUCUGAUCUCUCCAGGGAAGCCACAGUAUGGAAAGAUAUUCAUUGUGCUACCACAGAAAGCGUAGACCUGGGUGAAAUCAUGUUUUCCCUUUGUUACUUGCCGACGGCAGGGCGUAUGACAUUGACAGUCAUUAAGUGCAGAAAUCUGAAGGCGAUGGAUAUUACUGGCUCAUCAGAUCCUUAUGUCAAAGUGUCCCUGAUGUGUGAAGGUCGAAGAUUAAAAAAGAGGAAAACAACUACAAAGAAAAACACUCUAAACCCUGUGUACAAUGAGGCCAUUAUUUUUGACAUCCCUCCAGAGAACGUGGACCAGGUCAGCCUCUCCAUUGCAGUCAUGGAUUAUGAUAGGGUAGGACACAAUGAGGUCAUAGGAGUGUGCAGAACAGGACUGGAUGCUGAGGGUCUUGGGCGAGACCACUGGAAUGAAAUGCUGGCCUAUCAUCGAAAACCAAUAACACACUGGCACCCCUUGCUGGAGUUACCUGGCCGGGCUACCAGUUUUGAUAGUCAAGGAUCCUGCCCUUCUCCUAAACCACCUUCCACACCAUAAUGCCUCCAAAAUAAGACCAUGAUAUUAAGAACCUAGGAUCAUGUGCUCAUUGAAUCAGAAAAAAAAGUGGAAGGUUUGAUUUCCUCAUUUAAAAUAUAUCCAUAGUAAUCAACGAACUUGAUGUGCACUUUUUUAUUUACUUUUAUUGUUGAUUUUUUAACUUUGAACAUCAAUACAUUUUACUUGAAUACAUAUAGUCCUUAGUUGCAUAAGGCAUUUUAUCCUUCGCGUCAAAUGCCUGUUAGCACAGAGUGUUUUACUGUGUUGUAAUUGUUUACAUAAGCAAAGAAAUGGUUUUUUAAACAGUUCAUAUUUAUCUAAAAUUAAAUAUAGUUUAUGCUGCUAUUGUAUAAAGUAGCAGAUGUCACAUAUGUAUGGGUUUGAUUUUGUUACACUGUGUUCAUUUCUAAUUGUGCAUGUGGUUCUAUAUAAACUUAAAAGCAGAUUUUGAACUUAACUUACACAACAAAUCCUUGCACAAUCAAAUUAAUGUUACUUAUCUGAUAAUACUUUCUUACAUUCCCAGAAAAUUACUUUCUUGGUGAGGUUUGGCUCUGCUAAACUCAAAACUUUGUCUCUCAAGCUUGUUCUUUAAAACACACAGACAAAGCUGUAAAUUUAAAGAAUCAUUUUGAAUAUAAAUUUAAGAAGUAAUGCUUAUUGGCUGAAAAAUGGAGGCUGAGCCAUUGUGGCUACCAUUUUAUACUGUUUUACUGUAACAUUAGCUUAAAUAUCUGUUGCACUGUUUAACUGAUUUUUUUUAAUUCUAAUAAUCUUCACCUCAAAUGUAGCAUUAGUAUUUCUAAGUGAACAGAAUCAGAAGUUCAUUUUUUAAGUGUUUGUAAGGUUCUCAAGUACUGUGACAUGUAUUUUUUGUGACUUGAAGCUAUCAUAUAGAUCCUGUAUUUCUGAUAGACUGUACUGACAGACACCAAAGGAACAACAACACUGUCUGUGUUCAUCAUCGUUUAGAUUGUACACAGUAAUGGUGACUCUUAAACCCAGUCAGAAGCUAAUCGUUGGAAUUGGGUACUUUCAUAAAGAAAAGAUGAUUUAUUUUCAGCAAAAUAUAGAAAUAUACCAUAAAUAUUAAUAAUACACCUUCAACGCUUAAUAAUAAUAAACACAUUAAUUCUAAAGGCCCAGGCCUCCAGUCCUUGCAUGAAAGGCAUUUGCCUUCAUAAGGAUCAAGGUUCAGGCCACUACAUGUAAAACCUAUGCAAAUGUUUUUACAAAACAGAACUUUCUUUUAAAUCAGGUCAACAUAUUUUGUCCCAUUUUCAGGCCCUGUUGGAAAGUAUCUAUACUAAAUUACCCCAACCUUACUUUUGAGAUGUGUGGUAUGGAUAGUAUAUAUUUCAAGCUUAUUUCAAAAUUGAUGGUUUUUUAAAAAAAGGCAAGAAAAUAAAAACAUAUUUACCUGGAUGAGAAAAUUUUAUCAGCGGUUAUGAAAUUUUUAUUUUUGUAAAAUCCCAUUGUUUCUAAGUAUUAAAAAAAGUUUUAAAAGCAUUAACAUUUUGUUGACAUCUCUUGUAGUGAUGGCAUUACUAUUAAUUAAGAGGUAAAUAUUUUUCACAUUAACAUUUUAAAGGCAAACAUAGUUCUGCCUCAGAUUUUUCAAGAAUGCUUAUACCACCCUAAGGGAAAACAGGUACUCCUAGCUAACAUUUUCUCAUUUAAAAUAAUAGAAGAAAGCUGUUUGGAAACACUUGGCUACCUUGUCAAGCCUAAAAGGAUUAUUUGCUAUAGGUAAAAUGAAAGAUGACACUUGCAUUUUGAAAUUAUUUGUUUUAUUGGGAAAUAAAACUUUUCAAAUGGGAAGACAAAGUUAUACUAUUAAUAGAAUGACAUUUU